AUGGUUGUGUCGAACCUACGAAGACAAUCGCCGUCCUCUACGAGAUCCGCCUCCCGUGAAUCAUCCCCGAGGGCCUCUUCCAUACUCGAAGGCUGGGAUUUCAGCCUCCGCACGAUGAUGCCGAACUCAUCCAGGCCACCUAGUGGCGCCUUCCUGGCAUCGACCUACAACCCACCCACCUUAGCCGAGAUUCUAUCCAACACAUCCCCACCGCCAUGGACUUUGAGCGCGUUCAUGGCCUACCUAUCUCAGAACCAUUGCUUAGAGACUCUGGAGUUCACCAUGGAAGCCGAGAGAUACCGAGCUGAGUACAACCACGUCUUCGUGAACCGAAAGACGGUCGUUCACGAUGCGAACGAGUACAUGUGCUCUUUAUGGGCAAAGUUGAUGGAGGCUUACAUUGUUCCGUGUUCGCCUCGCGAAGUCAACCUGCCUUGCCCUGUCCGAGAUCGCCUCCUGAGCCAUUCUUGUUCUUCAACACCGCCGCAUCCGUCCCAAUUGGACGAAGCAGUCAAUAUAGUGUACGAGCUUAUGAACGAUUCAGUUUUGGUACCAUUCAUUGAGUCAGUUUCCCCCUUCUUCUCCGAUCAUCGUUCCGAAGACAACGUCCCCGAUCGCCGCCACAGCCGAUCCCGCAUACGCUCCGCAAAGGAGCCUUCGCCAACACGACGCGAGGCUAGCCGAUCCCCCAAGUUCCUUCCAGCUGUCCUCGGAGGGAGAGCCAACCGAUCGGCUUCGGCUUCAGUCGAGGCUGUUGAUCGUGCCGGCCUAACAGACGACAGCGGAAGCUCAACGUCUCCUCAGGCCACGGAACCAAUGACCCCGCCGAUGACGCCACCUACUUCCGAGUGGACAUUUGCGCCAUCCCCACCCGGUGGACUUCAGCGGGCACUCAAUGCUCAUAAUAACGGGUGGAAGAAGGUUGGAGCUAAGCUUGGUCUUGAACAUUCCAGACUAGCAACUGCUCCCCGUCCCUCAGAGCGACAAGAACAGUCUCUUGAGCUGACGUGGGAAGAACCCCACCCCGGCCAGCGGUUGCCUCACGUGACUGAGUCUGCAUUGCCGAGCUGGGGGGAGAGAUGUGCGAGGCCGGAUGGCUGCUAUCUGCAAAAUGGCGGAGAGUGCAGGGGUGGCAUGGCCGCGAAGGUACCUAUGAACCAUCGCAGUCCUCAGUACAGGAUACAACGACCAUCAUUCGUGAAGCGGGACAUCCGCGUCAGAAAGCAUCCCAAGACUCCCUUUCUCCAGGUUGAGGAAGGCGGGCGACGGAAGUUGAUAGGGCUAGGUCUAAGUGACGCGGCGACACGAACAACAGGAUCGCUCAUUUCCGAUGCAUUCCCUAGAAUGGUGGCCGGCCAUACUGCGGACUUCGAUUCUGAAACAGACGCGAGCAUACGGUCCGAGGCGACAACUGAGUACGCCGACGAGACGCUCGUUCCCCCUUCUCCGUCAUCGCCUUCAUCGCAUCUUACCGUAACUGGCCUGAGUCACUCCGUCGAAGGCCUUCCGGCGGGCGGCAGCUCUGGGCCUAAGUUGCUCGGCGCAGAUGCAUUUGGCGAUGCUGGGCCCGGUGACGUGUAUGGCUGGGAAGCGGAGCUGGAAAGGAAGCUCGUGAUGCACGGUCGCGAGAAAUAUGCCGUCGUUGCCCAGCCUCUUGCGACCACAGUUAGUUGGAGAGAUCUUGGCGCGCGGAGGUUAUUCCAGCGCGUGUUUAGCUUGAGCGGUUCUCGAGCCACUGAUGGUUUCGAUGCCGGACGAAGAGCCAGCAUGGCUAAUUAA